GAUGGCAGUCGCGGUAGACUCAGGCCGGCAUCCAAGACCUUUUCCGGGUUGUUGCUCUCGGUCGGGUUAUUGUGUGUGAGUGUGUGUAUAUGUUUGUAACUACAGUGAAGUUCUAACCUACUCGCAAAAAAAAAGAAAAAAAAUGUCUUCAUUAAUCGGAUAUCUUGAUUUCGGGAUCCAAUAAAAACAAUUUGACCUCUAUUAAAUACGAUGUUUCUUAGUAUUAUUAGAUGUGAAGGCGCUGAAGAUGACGAUGUCCGCGUAACACCACCACCCCAAAAUAACACCUCAACUAGGAGUACUCGAUGAUGUUGGUGAAGAAAGAAAAUAAAAUGAAUUACUAGACUUUUUCUUGAAACGGUUAAAGAAGAACCGUUGUCGUCGUGUCUUCGGUAUGGAGGACAAGAGACGAAUUUCUGCCGGCGGAUCUAAGGUCUCCCAAAUCGCGAAUAUCUUUCAGCAAGGUUCGCGACCUUCUCCUACUUCAGUUGUAACGACCCUUACCACCGGAACCGGAAGAGAUCGAAACGAAGAAGUUAAAAGUUCGAAUAGAGGAAGAUCAAGUGUUAAUACUAAAUCUGAAAAUAUGGAAUCGUCACCUUCGGUAACUGUCAUGAGGACGGAGUCCCACGUGACUCGUUUUAACAACGCAAGGGCACUUUUUGAAAAAUUGGGGGAAGAAAAUCGUUCGACUAAAGGUUCAAUGGUACCUUUACAAGGUACGAAAAGUGCCUCAAACAUCUUAGAUUUACGGUCCCGCAGUAGUUCUGCAAAUAGUGAGACGAGAGAAACGAAAUCGCACGACGGAUCAAGAUCACCAACACCACCGUUACCGCCCCCAUCUUCAAAAAAAGGGGCCACCACCGCCUACGAAUUGGUAGAUAACCGUUACAAUAGCGGUAGCGUGCCGAUUCUUAACAGUACAACCACCGAGAAACAGCAACAGCUCGAUAAAUUAAACGGUUUCAAUAAUUCAUCGAUUGUGAUAGUGAAGAAAAAUAAUUGUUUAGACGGGAAAGUGAAUGGGAAAGAUGAUGUUGUAGUAGUGAAGGAAGUGAAAGAGGAAAGGGCUAAACCCGCUGUCAUGAAGAAACCGGAAAAACCCGAACGAAAAUUUAAUAGUAAGGAAUUAAUUGAGAAGCAAAGGAAUUGGACUUCGCAUUUUUCUAAAGCUAGAAGUAGCAGGUAAAAAAUUUCAAUUUCUUAAUAU